AUGCCCAGUUGCCUCACAGCCGCACCCACUGCCACAAGCUCUUCAGCUUCGCGCACAGGGGGGUGUUGAACUUUGCUCCAUCUCACUUCUAGGACAAUAUGCGCUCACUGAAGUAGAGGUGCCUCGCCUUUUGGUGCAGUGGUAUAUUGUUCCUUCAUAGUCCUGUCGUUCCCCACUCCGUCCUUGACCGGGAAGCGCUACCUUGUCACGUUUCUAGACGACCACUCUCGCAAACUCUGGGCAUAUGCGAUCGAUCACAAAAGCGAUGUUUUCCCGACCUUCCAGACUUGGCUCGCCGAAGUGGAGUUAGAGACGAACGCGCGGUUGAGGAUCCUUCGAACCGACAAUGGCGGGGAGUACCGAUCAAACGCAUUCACGGAGUUCUGCAAAUCCAAGGGCAUUCGUCGUCAAUACUCUAUCCCUUACACGCCUCAACAAAACGGUCGCGCCGAACGUGUCAACCUCUCCAUCGUCGAGGGCGUCCUCGCUCUCCUUGCGGACGCCCGUCUGCCGGCCACCUUUUGGGAUGAAGCGGCUGCGUAUUUCGUUUAUUGCAAAAACAGGUGCUCACACUCAGCUUUGGCCAAACAGACUCCAGAAUCCGUUUGGAACGGCCAACGCACCACCGCCACCGCCCUCCACCCGUUCGGCUGCACAGCCUGGCUCACGGUCGCCCCGGACCUUCGCAGCAAGCUCGACCCCAAGGCCGCGCGCGUGAUCUUCACAGGUUACGACCUCGCCUCCAAAGCUUUCCGUUUCUUUGACCAUUCCAUCAACAAGAUUGUACUUGGUCGCAAUGCCACCUUCCUCGACGACGACUUCCCCGGCCUGCCAGUCACCACGCCCGUCGAUGCAGACGACACCGACCGUCAGUUCGUCGUUCCCGCCGACACGCCCGCCCCUGCCGUCAAGACGAGGACCCCACUAGUAAGGUCGGCGCACAUGGACGUCUCAUCCUCCCUUGAUGAUUCUGCCAUGAGCGCCGUUGACGUGGCCCCAGGGUACACUGGCGGAACCUUACUUAAUUCCACAGAUACCGAAUCGUCCUCGUCACCGUCUCCUGAGCCGUCCUCGUCACCGUCGCCCACAAACCCUUUGUCACCGUCGCCUGCGCUGUCACCGUCGUUGGCAGCGUCAUCGUCACCCUCGGUCUCACCGACCGACUCUGACUACUCCGCCGACCCUCUGGACCUCAUCGGCUCACAGACCCCGACUCGCCUUGGCCCACCGGACGUGCACCGCCCAGACUUCAGCACGUACCGUGAGCCCGCAUCGGCUGAGGAGUCGCCCGACGAACUCGACAUCAUUGGGCGUCACUCGCGCGAUGAAUCGCCGGAUGAAAUCGAUUUCCUCACCCAACACCACCGCGCCUUCAUCGCCACAGACGACGACGACCCCACCCUCGACGCCAUCGAGCCCGUCAAAUCGAUCACUAGCGACCCCCAGACCUGGCGCGAAGCAAUGUCCAGCGACGAGCACAACAUCUGGGCUGAGGCCGCCGCCGCCGAGUUCACCGCCAUGCGCGACGACUUCAAGGUGUUCACCAUCGAGCCUCGCUCAUCUGUACCGCCGGGCGCCACCAUCGUCACCUCCAAAUUCGUCUGGAAGACCAAGCGCAACGCAAGCGGUGAAGUCACGGGGCGGAAGGCACGUCUUGUAGCGCAGGGUAACCGACAGCGCGACGGCAUCGACUUCUCAGAAACCUUCGCACCCGUCGCCCGUUUCUCCUCCAUUCGCUGCCUCCUGGCUCUUGCCGCUGCCAAUGGCUACCACGUUCAUCAGGCCGACAUCGACAAGGCUUACCUCCACGGCGAGCUCGAUCAUGAUAUCUGGAUGACGACACCACGCGGUUUCGACUUCCCGAGCGAUAAGGUUCUCCGGCUGCGACGCUCAAUCUACGGUCUCAAGCAGGCCGGUCGCAUCUGGAAUCGUCACAUUGACACAUCACUCAGGAAUCUGGGGUACAAGGCAACAGGCACUGAUCACUGCAUUUACUCUCGCAUUGACGAUCAGCAGCGGCCUCACUAUAUCGCCUUGUAUGUCGACGACCUCCUCAUUGUCAGUCCAGCCCUCGACGAGAUCGAACGUGUCAUGACAGGCAACGUCGGAGGGGAUGACGAUGACUACACGCGAGAGACGAGGGAGAGAGCGAGAGAGCGCGCGAAAGCGCGAAGGAGCGAAGGGGGUGUCGACCGAGGCGGCGGCAGUCGACCGAGAGGCAACCGCGGAGGAUACGCGGCUGCAAGGCUCGCAGCAAGUCCAGUGUACCGAACUAUGGUAGCCAACGAGGUCGGACAGAAGAGGGAGGGCAAACGAUCCAAGAAAUAG